GACCCCUCGGGUGGGGCGAGGGCGGCCGGUGCCGGGGAGCCCGGGGCUCGGGGCUUGGGCCUGGCCGGGAGGCCCUGCCGCCUCUGGGCUGUCUCCUCCCGGUCCCCGUCGGCGUCCGUGGGCCCGGGUCUGGUUGGCCAGGCGGCGGAGCACAGCGGCGCCUCCCAAGGGUCGGGGAUGCUGCGCCCCUUCCUCGCUCCCCGCCCGGCCGGGACCCCAGAGCUCCGCGGAGACCCUCCGCAGCCAGGUUCCCUUCCAGGGGCCAGGCCUCCAAGUGGAAGAUGCGAGCAGAACCGUGCGAGCCCUAGUUUUGGUUUGUUUUCUGUUUUCUUCCCAAGAGGCAGCACCGACAGCUGUUGGCAGAGGUCUGUGGGGCCCUCAAUGUCACCGUGUCCCCGGGGCCCGUGGUUGACUACCUGGAGGGGGAAAAUGCUACUCUUCUCUGUCACGUCUCCCAGAAGAGGCGGAAGGACAGCUUGCUGGCCGUACGCUGGUUCUUCGCGCGCCCGGACUCCCAGGAGGCCCUGAUGGUUAAGAUGACCAAGCUCCGGGUGGUGCAGUACUAUGGGAAUUUCAGCCGCAGCGCCUACCGUCAGAGGCUGCGCCUCCUUGAGGAGCGGCGCGGGGUGCUCUACACCCUCUCUGUCUUGACCCUCCGGCCAGCCGAUCAAGGGCAUUACGUCUGCAAAGUCCAGGAAAUCAGCAAGCACAGGAAUAAGUGGACAGCUUGGUCCAACGGCUCCUCGGCGACAGAAAUGAGAGUAAUUUCCCUGAAAGCGUCUGAAGAUUCAUCGUUUGAGAAAAAGAAAGAGACCUGGGCAUUUUUUGAAGACCUCUACGUGUAUGCUGUGCUCGUGUGCUGUGUGGGGAUUCUCAGCGUUCUGCUCUUCACUCUGACCAUCAUCUGGCAGUCUGUGUUUAGCAAGAGGAAAUCCAGAGUGAGACACUAUUUGGUGAAAUGCCCUCAGAACAGAGUAAUAGCUGGAAAUUUCAAUGCUCCACUCUCAAUAAUUGAUAGACUACUGAGAGAGAAAAUCAACCAGGACACAGACGAUGAAGCAGUUCUACCUGACAACUCAGGGGAGACUGUCACCAGCGUGACCAGCUUGGUCCCACUGCAGCCCAAGAAGGGCAAGAGGCGGAAGGAAAAAGCUGACGUUCCUCCCGCAGUCCCUGCCAAAGCUCCCAUCGCUGCCCCGUUCCAUAAACCGAAGCUGCUGAAGCCACAAAGGAAAGUCGCCCUGCCAAAGAUUGCCGAAGAGAACUUGACCUAUGCUGAGCUGGAGCUGAUCAAGCCCCACCAGGCUGCCAAAGGCAUUCCCACCAGCACCGUCUAUGCCCAGAUCCUCUUUGAGGAGAACAAACUGUAACUCUGCAUCGUAUUUAAUAUCCGCCACCCCAGUUAUUUAUGAAACCUUGGAUACAAAGUCCUUAUUUUUGUAUUUUCACUUGUGCCUUCUGUGUGGUGGGAGCCCCAUUCCAACGGCAUCCCAGGUGCCUUCAGAGAGGUACAAGGCUCCUCUCUGCAAAAGAGCAGGGGCUGCAGCCCUUGGACAAAUCUCCCAGAACAAGAUUUUCUGGGUCUGAGUGCUGAGCGGUGAGGACUCUUGAUUCUGAGACCAUCCAAGGAGAUUUUCUGCUGAGCCAAACCCCUUCAUGUUUCUUCUUGUUUCUCUGGGUUUUAUAAUUUUUAAUCUGAAUUUUAAUCUUCUACCCUUCCUGUAUCUGUGAUAUCAAGCUCAUAAUAUAUAGCUAGAGGAAAUGCCAUUAUAGGCCCAAGUGUGAGAUGGUAGAUAUGUACUAAUUGGUUUUCAAAGGAUCAGAUAACAUUGCCAGGGCACCCAGAGCGGUGCAAAGUGCUUAUUGCAAGCGGUCACUCAAGAUAGCAUCUCUUGUUUUAAAUAGAUGCUCUGGCUCUGGUGAUUCAAGGGCAGAGAGACAGACUGUGAGGCAGUCUGACAUCUAAGCUGACAGUGAACUAUCUAGAUACCCCAGUGCCCGUUUCUCUACCCACUAUCACCCACGGCCACUGGACAAGUAGAACAUAUUUCAUUCUGAAGGGCUUCCACCCCUUUGGCAGGGGGGGCUUAUCCUGGCAUAGAGACUUAUAUUCUCCAAGAAGUUCUCACUCACCCUUUUCCAAAGGAGCCGGGGGUUUGCCAUCGAUUGACAGAUGGAAGAAGGGGACCUCUUGGAAGUGUGCCGAGGUUACCAACUCUAAUUGAAUGUCCACUCGUGUGAGAGCAUAGUCUUUUGCCUGGUUCCCCAAUGGUAGGAGAAUAGGAAGUAUAAGCAGGGCUGGAAAACUGUGUCCUGAACACGCUUCUGUUAUAAAGUGCCUUGCCCGACUCAACUUUGCAUGUGAAUUCUAAUUAGCUUGGCUGGGAGGCAGUGAUGCAUAUGGCAAAUAGAUCCAUGGGGAAGUGGCUCUGUGGGCCUAUAUGACAUCCAGGAUCUCACUGAAGGCGGAUCCGUUCUGGUACAGAGUCAUCCUAUCAGCUGUGUUGUUAAGGACACACUUCUUGAUGUGUGAGUGUGGUCUGGGUGGAUUUCUAGUGCACACUACAGAAGUUGUUUGGCUUUGUAAUGGACCAUGUAUAUAUGGUAAAUUGUAUAUUUUAAACACAACCUUGAGUGUGAGUUGUGCCCCUCUGUACAGCCAUGUGAACUUGGUUGAGUUUCUCAUCCCCUAAUUGUCUCAGACUCUAUGUUUAUACAAAGGUGAGUUAACCUCUCAUAGAAUUCUUGUAAUGGGAUAAUGACUAUUGGAAGAUUCUGGACACUAUAAAUAGCUACACAAGUACACUAACAUACAUGCUAAAACCAGUCCAUAUUUUCAAAAUGAAAAUGUCUCUACUAUUUAAGGCUCUCAUUGCAAUAACUUUAAAAAGUAAAUAUUUGUCCGUAAACUUAGCUCUACAGUAACUUUCCCAAAGACCCAUGAUAGCUUACUGGAAAGGGACCAAUCGGGAGCAGGUAAUGAUUUUCCAGAAGCAAAAAUAACCUGACUUUACAAAGAGGAAGUCAUUCUCUCUAGCCUGUACCUGCAUCUCAUUCCCUCCCUCUCUGCCAGAUUUCCAAGGUAGUGAAUAAACUGCGCAGUUUUUGAGGAGGAACUUCCCAGAGCAUCUCUUUAGGACAGGAGGAUAUAAGGUUAGCACACCAUUCAUAUCAUAAUUAUCCUAGGCAUCCUAUCAUAUUUUUAUCAUGGCAGUCUUCCAGCAGAACAUGGUUAUAUGGUGUUUUGGGGAAGGAGGAUGAUUCCCUAAUUUGCACAAGGACCUAUUUGGACAGGUGGGGCCCUGGGAGUGCCAGUUGGGAGUGGAGAGUUGGGGUGUGUGAAGAGGCGAUGGUGGGGAGAGGGCCAUGGAGUAGGAGAUCUCCAGGCCUCUGCAGAGCUGAACUUCAGUCACCCCCAAACCCACCCCCUUAAAUUCAGUGGGAGCUCCGUGCCAUCACAUAUGGAAGAGCACAAGCUUGGAAGAGCUGGUAACUGUAGGUUAAGUCCAACAAGUCAUUGCUAUUCAGUGAUUCAAUUCAGACUCUCCUAAACUCUGGUCAUAGCUGCAUAAAUCCACACUGAGGUGCGUGAGUGGGAGACCUGCUGACAUAGGGUAUAAAAGGAAGCGGCAAGACCAUCACUGUCUACUGAAAAUGCUUCCCAAGGGAAUCAUGGAAGCUCUUGACAACAUCUAAGCAGAGCUUGUCCCACUAUUAUUUUUAGAAGCAAACUGUCCAAGCUCUGCUCAGAACUGGGAGCAAUGGAUGAUUUGCACCUGACGCUUCUUCGGGAUGAUAAACCUUGAUAUUAUUGUCAUAAUAAACUUAAAAAUGGGUCUA